AUGGCGGACCCUAGGGAGCCUCAACGUGCUCAAUAUCCCCCUCCGGACAACCACCCCCCGGGUGACUAUUACGCUCAGCAAUCACCAUCAAGGCCUCCUGUGAGAGAUGACCGGAGUCAGCAUCCAUAUCCACCACCACCCGACCCAGCCCGUCAAGGACAGUAUCCGGAUCCUCGCGCAGCGCAUCCAUAUCCUCCGCCGCCUCCUCAAGGCUGGCCCGGCCAGCAUCCUGCUUAUCCUCCGCCUCAUCACUAUCCGGACCAUCAGCAUCCUGCGUAUGCCUAUCCGCCGCGGCCUGAUCUGGCGCAACCUCCUCCUCAACCCAUGCAACCGGAUGCGUAUCGUCUGCCACCACCAUAUCCUCCUCCGGGUUACUAUCCUCCCCAACACUAUCCUCCUCCGCCUGCCGCCGCGCCGCGACAGCGUACCGCCAUCGCAUGCAAAUAUUGCCGAAAGAGAAAGAUACGUUGUUCCGGAUACGACAGCUCGCCCGACGGACGGUGCCAGAACUGUGUUCGAUUCAAUCAGCAGUGCCUAUUCCAUCCUGUGUCUUCUCAAGCUGCCUUUGUUCCAGCAAACGCUGUCUACGGACCUGGCGCCCGCGCCCCCGUUGCCGGCCAACCCGACCGGCCCGGUCAAAAUGGACAUUAUCCCAGAGAAGGAGAACCACCCAUGCUGUAUGGCGCCCACGGUCAGCCUUUGGGACCCCCAAGCCAGUACAAUUAUCCUCCGGCGCCGCCCCCUCCGCCCGCCGCCCAUGGCUAUCCACCCGCUCCUUAUCCUCCUUAUCCAGGGAUGGCCCCGUACCCUCCUCCUCCAGCUGGAUCGCCGUAUGACGCACACGGGCAGGCUCAACCCGCCCAGCAUGAUGAACGUGUCAGUCUCAAGCGUCCCCCUCCCGAUGAUGACCCUCACAAUGAGAAUUCUCAUGCCUCCCAGAGUCCUCAUCCAAACACUCGGCCUCGACAUAGUACGUACGAUUCUCGCGCCAACAGUAGCGGUAGCUAUGAGUAUCAUGAACCUAACAGCGGGGCUCCGACAUCGCCUGCUGCUUCGACCAUGAGCUACCAAGCAUACCCUCCCCAGCAGCCUCGAUAUGCCAACGGCACUCAAUCUCAGAAGGGCAAUGCCUCACCACCAGCAGGCUUGACCCCGCAAUCGGCUCAAGGCUACAAUUCACCGCACCAUGGGCCGAGCCAUGACGAUGGAAGAACUCCGCCUCCCAACCAGCCCAAUUCUGCAGGUUCCUCGGCCAACGGCAGAAGUGGCAUGAAAGUUCACGAAAUGUUGGGCAAUCCUUCUGUCGCUCCGCCCGAUCAACGGGGCAGAAGUGACAACGAAAUGCUGAGCAAACUCGACGGCAAGAAAUAA